CGGUUUAUCGAAAAUGCAAGCGUUUCGACGAAUCGCAACGUGCAUCUCAACGGCAAAGCAAUUCCACGUUCUACCACCCAUCGUUGCCAUGAAGCCUCGUUUCAAUUCGGCCGGCGAAGUUCCGGCGACGAGACGGUGGUCGUCAAGCCGCGGUUCCCGGAGCGGCGAGGACGAGUGGAACGAAGCUUGGGAAUCGGCGUGGCUGCCGGAGGACCUGACGCCGAAGACGCGAGCUCCAUGGGAGACCGACGUCAACUUCGCUUCCUCCCCCGCCGAAGCGGACGCCGACGCGGAGACGAAGGCAUUCGUGGCGGAGAUGAACGAGAACUGGAACGAGCGGCGAAAAGGAUCGAAGGAGAAGGAAAAGAGAGAAGAGAACGGCGCGCUUUAUAGCUUGGGUUAUAUGAAGAAGGAUUACCGGUUGAAGAAGCAGAAAAUGCACGCUGGCUUGUGGAUGAAGGAGAUUGAGAAGCUCGAGGAAGCGAAGUUGGGCGAUUCUGAUGUUGCUGCUGCUGAUGACAUUCAGAGAUUGCUUGAUAGUUGCUCCGACAUUUUUGACUCUGGCAAUAAUGAUCUCAAUGCUGCACAAGUUCAAACUUCUGAGUUCAAAAACAUGCCUGAUGGGUGGGAAACAAUAUCAAAAAAUCAAGACGGAAAUAUAUGGGAGAUGUCCCAGAGAGAAGAAGAUAUACUUCUCCAGGAAUUUGAGCGACGAAUUGCCUAUAGCAAGUUUCAGAUUGCUAGUUUUAUCAAGACUCACAUAUUUAGCCGGAGAAGGCCAAUCGAUGGGUGGAAAUACAUGAUAGAGGUGGUGGGACCAAAUGCUAAGAGAGGGAAGGGUAGUGUUUCUAGAGUACCCAGUCUCUCUGAUUCCUCUACUCAACCAUUCAAGGAGGAGAAGACUUCAGUUGAUAAGACUUAUGUUCCCCUUGAGAGAAGGUAGCUUGGUCAUGUACUUUUGUGCAUUCUCUUUUACUGUGCAAAGGUUAUUUGAUUCAAAUAUCGGUGAGUAGUGGACAGUUACUGCUACUUAGCCUUUUGCUGACACAACAGAUGGUCUCCAUGGAUUCUCGGUUAAGGUCCAAACCCUGCAUGAAGUAUAAAAAGCUAGUGGCAAUAUGACCCAGGAUGAACGUGAUACUAAUUAAGUAGUCGAAAGGCAAUGUGCCAUGUUAAAUGUUACUUUAAGGUUAGCGUAAGUAAUUAAACGCAGGAAUUUAGAACUAGAUAGGUGGAUCCUUUACAAAUUUUAGCAGUUGUUUAAUAUCUGUGGCUAUAUUUUUCUGUACUUGUUCUAAUCACAUGAAAAAUGCACGGGAAGAUUCUUCGUACAUUGUUGAUACAUCAAUUUAGAAACGUGGUGUACUGUAUAUUAAUUGAACUCCCUUGUAGAACUAGUGAAGACUUAGUGCACUCUGUGCCUGCUAAAGCAUAGUAAGCAAUCGAUCCCAUCAGACUGAAUGUAUACUAUCAAUGUACUUAGUG